AUGUUUGUACCAAUUAAGAAAUUCGAUGCUGGAGAUGGCUUCUUUGUGCAAUGGGUGAUGUCAUCGGCGAUUCUCCUUGUCGGCUUUUGCACUUUCGUCUAUAUUGGAUUCCCCGGUUUCUACCCGUUGGCAAUGCUUGGUGGAAUGUUUUGGUCGAUCGGGAAUUCGAUGGCGAUUCCAGUGAUCUCGCGGCUCGGGAUGGCGCUUGGGAUUCUCAUCUGGAACACAACGAAUUGUUUGACUGGAUGGGCGGGUGGAAGAUUCGGUCUUUUCGGCAUGAAAGCAAAUCCACCAGAGAGCUCGAUUCUCAACUAUUUUGGGCUCUCGUUGGUGCUUGUUGGUGGUUUUCUUUUCUCUCGAAUCCGAGGUGGCAAAGCGGAAGAGGAGCCGGCCGAGGGAAAAAGGAUCACUUUGCAUCUGCAUGACGCGGAAAAUGAAAAGUUGAGUGCAACGCCUGAGCAAUCCGAUGAUGAGGUUUUGAAUCGAACGACGAAAGUUGAUGGAGCCGAAAUUUCCCUUUAUCCAACGGACGGGAUGAGCUGCAUCUUUUCGCAUUAUUUCGGCAUUUUGUCACUGGCACCGCGCUUUUCGUCGGCUAUUCGAUAUUCAAAAAAACAAGCCAACUUAAUCAACAACGCAAUCACUCUACCAGCUUUUGGCGGUGGCUUGUUGUGGGCAAUCGCACAAUCGUCAUUUUUCAUCGCAAACGAUAACUUGUCCCAAGCUGUCACUUUCCCGAUCAUCACCACUCUGCCCGGUUGUGUGGCCGCUUUGUGGAGCAUUUUUUAUUUCAAAGAGAUUCAGGGUAAGCGCAACUUCAUCUUGAUGGCGAUCGCUGUCUCCAUCACGCUCACUGUUUUAAGGAAGACAAUGGCU